AUGUCGCAUGCUCACGAGGUGACUCUCAGUAUCAUCGAUUCUGCCUCGCCGCCUGUCUUCCAAGCUCCUACCAAACGCAUCCAACAACCUAAUGAUGUAGGCAGAUUUCUUGCCAGCGCGGCCUACCGAGAUAUCGGCCUGUUCAUUCUCCAGCUGAACCACGCCGUUUGCCCACGACAGCCAGCCGGCUCGUCAACUCCAAGAAUCUUCCCACUUGGUUCCCAGUCAAGCCGCACAGCUUCUAUUCGAUCCUGCCAAACAUUACUGCUUAGCAUUCGCAAUCUCAUAGACAGAGCACCGCCAGACCCCGGUUCCCAAAGAUUUGGGAAUGUUAGUUUCCGCAAAUGGUUCGAACUCCUGAAGGAGGAGCUGGAUGAUUUGCUCAACGAUGGGCUGCUCGGAGAAACCCUACGAACAGGCAAUGGUCAUGCGAAAGAUGAAGUAGCGAGCUACUUGUUGGGGUCAUUCGGCAGCUCGCAGCGUCUCGACUACGGGACAGGACAUGAGCUCAACUUUAUAGCCUUUCUUGGAUGUCUAUGGAAGCUAGGGCAUUUCAAGGACGGCAUACAGGGGGGUGAUAUCGAAAGGGAGAUCGUGCUACUGAUCAUUCAACCGUAUCUCGAAACCGUAAGGCAGCUGAUAACGACAUAUACUCUGGAACCAGCAGGCUCCCAUGGCGUAUGGGGUCUCGAUGACCAUUCCUUCAUCCCGUACAUAUUCGGCUCUGCACAGCUCACUCGCCCUAUUGGCAGCGAGCUUGAACCGAUGCCCACUGAUGGUUCCGUGAGAGGCGCACCGAAACCGAGCGAUGUAACGAACCGAAGCAUUGUCGAGAGGAUGAGGCAUGUCAACAUGUACUUUUCGGCUGUUGCGUUCAUCAAUGACGUGAAAAGGGGUCCCUUUUGGGAGCACAGCCCAAUGCUAUUUGACAUCUCUGGUAUUAAAGACGGAUGGGGCAAAAUCAACAAAGGCAUGAUCAAGAUGUAUAAUGCCGAAGUCUUGUCGAAAUUUCCUGUCAUACAGCAUUUCCCGUUUGGUUCGCUGUUUUCUUGGGACGAGAACAGGCAGCCGUUAGAGCAGGGUCGAGGCAGGCAGGUCGCGAGUUCCCAAAGGCCGCUGAGUUAA